AUGCCAGAGGAAAGUCGAGUUGUCUACGACUCACAGCAGCAGGACAGAAACAAGCUCAGCAGCAACAAGCUGCAGAUCCAAAGCCCAGAUGAGUUCGACAUGAUGCUGAAGCUUCAGGCUCCGUCACGCCUCAAUAUGAAGGAGCUUGACGACGGCCUCUUCUACCGGAUAGAUCUUGCCCGGUCGACUCGGAGCCCCAUACAAGCCUUUCUUCUGGAGAAUGAGCGCACCCUCUCAUCGAGCAAGAUCCUGAGUGAGACGUAUCGCCUGGUCUGCAAGUUCAUCAAGAACUACAAAGUGCCUGAUGAAGGCUAUCGCUGGGAGGUCAACCGGAAGAGACCGCACUCGCCGGCUGUGACUUUGUUGAUCUCUGUGGACCUGGUUCCUGCUCUGGAGUGGAUCUCUUUGGGCGCUGGACUGACAAAACCAGACCUUUAAAGACAACACCUUGGACUUUGUGGAACUGGGACGCACAUUUUAUAGAUCAAACGAUUUAUUGCUAAAUUUAGAAAAUAAUCGGCCAAAUCAUAAAAUAAUGAAAAUAAUAGUUAGGUGCAGCACUAAUAAUAAGUACAGUGUAUUUUGAUGCUAUUACUUUCGCAGUAAGAUUUUCAGUUUUGAAUGCAGGUCAAAUAAUUGCCAAUUAUUUGUCUGUCGAUCAACUUAACAAUGAGUCGACUAAUAGUUUCAGCUCCUUAUCACUCUUUCAGUAUAAUGUAUAUUAUAUUACUGGAUUAUAAUUAAUAAUGCAUUAAUGUGUUCAUCACUUUGUUGUUGCAGCUGCUUAAGGUGGCUCUUAUUUGAACUACUUUAUAUAUUGCUGGGUAGCCUAAUCUAUAAUAAUGUAUCAUCAUUUAUUAGUAGAAUAUAAUUUGUAUUAAUAAUUUUAAUUUGUAAAGAAACUACUUACUAAAGAUUAGAGAUUGGAGAGAAUCUGUGUCUGAACCGAGCCUCACUACUCAGGUCCCUCAGGGCUCUGUUCUGGGUCCAGGAGAAACCUCCACCGAUAAGUUGUUCAUACUGACUCUAGUAUCCGCUCUGGACCCUGCAUUGAUGAAUAAAUUGGUCCUAGUGUUUGCUGUAGCUUUGGUUUGUGUUGUAUUUCGUAUGUAAGUGAUGGGAAAUGAGGAUUCACACUGAAUAUAUGAAAUAUUACAGACACUCCCUCUUAUCAUGGAGUGUAUAAAUCAGGUGAAAACAGGUAAUAAAUGGCAAUAUUCCUUAUAGAUUGUAAUUGAUCGGUGACUAUAUUUUGGAUCAUAUCAUAUUUAGGGCUAUUUGAUCAUAUAGCUUAUCUUGUUGCAAAUAAUCUGACCCUCUGCUCAUUUUAAGGUUCAUAAAACAUAGAACCAAAAACCAAACGUGAUCACAUCACACCUCUUUACACUGGCUCACAGUAUGUUUUACUAUAGAAUUUAAGAUUUUACUGAUUACUUUUAAGGCUCUGCAUGGCCUCUCUCCCUGCUAUAUCUCGGACCUCUUAGUACUGAACACGCUGGGACAUACUUUGAGACCCUCGGGCAGAGGUCUUUUGUCUGUACCCGAGGCAAGACGAGAAAACUAAAGAGGAAAGAGCGUUUUCAGUCCUGAGGUUCUGACAUCAUGUCAGCCGAGUCAGUGUUCUUCUUUCUUAAAACCUACUUUUAUCGGAGAGCCUUUUCUGACUUUAUUUGAGUUAUAACUUCCCUUAAAAAUAAUG